AUGGACACUGUCGCUAGCGCAAACGCAGAUGAAGGAACCACACUAGGCACCUCGGAAGCAUCCAAAAUCGAAGCAAUACUUGACAAAAUUCUCCCGCAUAGAGACAUAAACGUAGUAACCCUAAAGAGCGUAAGAAAAGACGUGGCGGAUUAUUUAAAUGUUGAUGAAGCGUACUUUUCGGAGAACAAAGAAAAAAAAGAAUUACUGAAAAGUAUCUUGAAAGAGAAGUUGUUAAAAAUCUACAAGCAACAGAAGGAGGAGGAAACGACGGAUGACAUUGAAAAUAGCGAAUACAACGAUGAAGUGAAAAAGGGUGACUCCAAACAGAGAGUAAACAAAAGUGCAAGCAAAGGCGCAAAGAAAAGCCCGAAAAAUAAGGACAAACGUGGAGAGAAGAAAAAUUCCGAUAAUGAUGAGGAACAAGAAAAGGAAGAAGACAACUACACCGAUGACAGCAUGGGCGAUACUACAACCAAGUCAAAAAAAAAAAAUAAAAUAGCGAAAAAAAAAAAGAGAGAAUUAAAUUCUGACGAGGAGAGUCAAGUACCAAAGAAAAAGAAAAAGGGAAAGGAACAAAAUGACGACGAUGAUGAUAAUGAUGAAUAUGAUGAUGGUGAAGAAGAGGAUAAACAAACUGAUUUCGAUUAUGAUGCUCACCAACGUAAAGCCAAUAAUGAAGACGCUUCCAAAAAAAAAAAAAGAAGCAUCAGCAGUGGAAAUAACAGUAGUAAAGAAAAAAAUGCACAUAGCAUGAAAAAAGAAAAAUUAAGAAAAUUAGUUUUGGAUUUAAAAAUUGGACCCACUAUUUUUAAAGACCUAAACAAAGAAGAUGAAGAAGAAUACAAUAAAAAACUAGAACAGAGAAUAAUUACGUUUUGCGAAAAAAAGCACCUGUGCUCGGAAAGUGGAAGAUUACCCAAUCCGAAUGAAAUACACGAGUACAGAAAAAAAAUUAAACUGAAGGAAGAAUUAGAUGGUAUUGACCCGUCCAACAUUCUCGACUCCAGCACAAGGGUGAGGAGAAGAAACCCCAAUGCCUAUGUGCUGCAAUCCUUUGCAGAGAUUGAUGAGGAGGGGGAGGAACUAGAGGACGAAGAGGAAGAAGAUGAGGAUGACGAGGAUGACGAUGAUGAUGAAGAGGUCGACGAAGUGGAAGAUGAUGCAGACGAGGGGGCAGAAGAAGACGACGAUGAUGAGGACGGGGUGGCUAAAUCUAAAAAGAAGGAAAAGUUAAAAAAAACAAUCAGCAAGAAGAAGACACGUGUGUUGGAGGACGAUGACUAA